AUAAAAAUAAAAUAAACACGUUGAAAUCUUGAAAAUUCAUAAUAGAGGAGAUAAUUCGGGUCGCAUAAUAUUAUUUAGUGAAAACUGCUGCUCAUAAAGAAAACAACAUGAAUUGGGAAGAUGAUGACAUAAUGGACACAUCAAAUCUACAGUUUGUUGGUGAUUUUGAUGUACAAGUGCAAGAAAUUUUGUCAUAUGUGAGACUGACUGCGGAGAGAGUACAUAGUCUGAAGCUUUUGUUUGAUGACUUAGAAUUUGCACUGCAGCAAUUGGCGCCUGGUUGCCAAAUUGAACCGUUUGGCUCUGUGGUGACUGGGCUCGGGAUAAAGUCAAGUGAUGUGGACUGUUACGUGGCGCUGCCGCCAGGCGAGCUGCCUAGUCCCGAGCAUGUCGUCCGCGCCAGGAGGAUACUCGGCCGGUACAACACUAAGUUCACUCGGCUACUAGCCAUCACAAAUGCCAAAGUUCCCAUAGUCAAGUUUCUCCACAUCCCUACUCAGUGUCAUUGUGAUGUCAAUUUCAAAAGUCCUGCCGGAGUGCGCAAUAGCAAGCUACUCGCUUUCCUACUGCACUGGGACAGACGAGCCCUUCCCUUAGCCAUUCUCAUCAAAUACUGGGCUAGACUAAACAAUUUCAUAGGCACCAAUCGGAUGGGCAAUUACGCGUUAAUGAUGAUGGUGGUAUUUUAUUUGCAAUUGAAGAACAUUCUGCCCGCUGUGUAUCGGCUACAGGCCAACGUGCCGUCCUACAUGGUGGACGGCUGGAACACUGCCUUCGACGACAGUAUGCGCGGCGACGGCACCAACACUGAGUCGCUGUACCACCUGAUGGGCGACUUCUUCAAAUGCCUUAGCACAUUCAACUUUGCUGAAUUUGUAAUUUCACCGUAUUUAGGGCGCGCGAUCCCUAAGAAAUUUUUCGAAAAUUUUGAUCUUCCGGACGAGUUCCAUUUAUACAAGCAACAUGUUACAAUGGAUGUCCGUAAAAAAAUAAAUAUAAAAACCAAAAUUUGCGUUCAAGACCCCUUCGACCACGCAAGGAACUGUACUGUUGGCGUCUACGAAAGGCUGGUGGACAAAAUAUUGCUUCACUUUAAUUUCGCGGCGCAUAAGUUUAGCGAACAGCCUAGUCACAAUUUCCUAAAAGUUAUAUUGACGCAAGAUCCAAACAGUCGGCCAAUUAGCAAGGCGUUACCGCCGCAUCUACUCAAACAUAAUAAAAUACAAAAAGCAAACAAAACGAAACAGAAGCAAAAAGGGCUGCGCACUGGUUUAUCGAUGCUCGCAAACAAUCGCUCAGCAAUCACUGUGUUGACGAAAGGAGACAUAUCAACAAAGUAAGUCAGUCAUCGCGACUGAGUGUAAUGUUGUCGAGGCAAUAGUACCUGCGUUACUGCGCGUGCGUCGCUAAGUGAGAGAGACCGUGAUAGACUGUGCGCUGCAUAAUACUAUGUGUAACAUAUUUGUGCCUGUUGAGGCAUACUAAAUACUGUGUUAAGUACAAUAUUUUUAUUAGAAGAUAUAUAUUAUGGACAUAAUUAUGUAAAAUAGAAACACUGAAAAAGUGAAAAGAAAAGACUUCGGAGAUUGGAUAAAUAGUUAAAUAUUAUAACUAGAUAUAUUUGUAUAGGUGGGUAUGUAUAUGCGUUAGUAUUUUUCCCAAUCUUGAUGUGACAUUUUAAUACCAAUGAAAGUAAUAAAUAUGAAAAAUAAGCUUAAAGCAUCAUAUCGUGUAGACACAGUACUACUGUUAGUUAUAGUAUCAACUACACAAUAAAAAUUUAAAAUAUUCAUUAUUAAUAUGAUAUAUGACUUGUAAAAAAUUCAUAUUGUACACACAGAUAAAAUAAUCAUUGAUCAGUGAACUUACUUUUAAAAAGGCCUAUCAUAGUUGAUAUUUGAAAUUUAGUUAGGUUAGUAUGUUUU